AUGGCGUUAGUCGCGUACUCAGACUCUGAGGGUUCAGAGGACGAGAAGGUCAUCCCGCAAGCAAAGGCCGAGAAGCCUGCGACGAAGACUGCGAGCAACACAAACACAACCUUUACUGUCGACAAAGCCAACCCCAGAAAGAUUCAAGUCAAGCUACAAGAUGCGCCCAUCAACGGCAAUACGGAUGGAGAGCCUCCUCUGAAGCGACCUCGAAUCGGCGCUGGUGCAGGAACAUUCAGUGGUUUCAACGCAAUGCUUCCUGCCCCCAAGCGCGACGCCGACGCCAAAGCCCCUCCAAAGCCUGCCACGAGAAAAGUCUUCAGCUUGAAGACCGGUGCCGAGCCUGGUUUCAGCAGGGAGGCGGAUGAAGAGUUGCGCAAUCUAUUUGCAGAACAAGAGCAGCAAAGGCAUACCACAAACACUGAUACGGAUGAGACAAUGCCUUCAAUCCCCAAACGUGCAGACCCUGCAACAAAUGCGCCGAAGGAACAAUCAAUGCAAGGAAAUCCCUUCAUGUUCAAACCCCUCUCGGUGGCACGAAAUAAUAAGAAGUCGAAACGGAAAGUGGAUGGAACGAAAUCGACCAUCACGCUGGGGCAGGACGCGGUCACAACUCCUGUGUCAAGGGAUGCAUCUGCGACAUCCCUUUCAGCUGAGCCUGUUCCUCCGCCAAAGAAAGUCAGCCUUUUCUCCAUGGGCGGAGAGACAGCAACGGUGCAACAACCUCAGCCUCAGCAAGACGAGGACGAAAUCGUCGAGUUCCUGGACGAACCGCUUGAUGAGGCCAUAACUCCAGCGCAAACAGAAGGCCUCGUCAACGGAUCGGCCACUUCUCAACCUCAAUCCCUUGAUUCCAUCGCUGCCGAUCUGAAUCUCUCAAAAGCAGACCGGCGACAGCUGUUCGGGCGCCGCGGCCAACCAAGCGGUACUGCCAUCAACGUGGUCAACUUCAACACGGAUCAAGAAUAUGCGGCCAACGAAGUGCUGCGCGCAAACGGCGAGCAAGUGCAACACAAUCCAGUCCGCGCCAUUGCCCCAGGCAAACACAGCCUGAAACAGCUUGUGAAUGCCGCCACUGGGCAGAAAGAGGCACUUGAAGAGAGCUUUGCAACAGGCAGAAGGAAUAAAAAGGAAGCUGGAAGCAAGUAUGGUUGGUGA